CAAACACAAAAAUCAAUCAAAUGUGUUCUUUCUUUUUUUUUUUUACUAAAUUUAUAGCUUUUGACAUUUGUAUUUAUGUUUCAUCUCGAUUGAGCACGAGUUCAUAAUCCGAUCCACCUCGCCGGCGGAUUUCGCAGUUGCUCGACGAUGGAAAUCAGGACCAUCGGAGUGGUCGGCGGCGGUCAGAUGGGCUCCGGAAUUGCUCAACUCGCCGCCACACACGGUUGCCAAGUAUGGCUAAUCGAUUCAGACCCUGCUGCGCUCGCUAAAGCAAAUGAAUCCAUCUCCGCCUCAAUCCAACGCCUAGUUUCCAAAAACCUUCUCUCUCAAGAAGUCAGUGUCAGUGCUCUUCAACGUUUAAAGUUCUCAACUGAUUUGAAAGAGCUUCAUUCAGCGGAUGUUGUAAUCGAAGCUAUUGUGGAAUCAGAAGAUGUCAAAAGAAGGCUAUUUCUUGAACUAGAUAAGAUUGUAAAACGCUCCGGUAUACUAGCUUCUAAUACGAGUUCCAUCCCUAUCACUCGCUUAGCAUCAGCAACCACACGUCCUAAGCAGGUCAUUGGCAUGCAUUUCAUGAAUCCCCCACCAAUAAUGAAGUUGGUUGAGAUCGUUCGAGGUGCAGAUACAUCCAAUGAAACGUUUGAUGCCAUAAAAACCUUGGCAGAGAGGCUUGGCAAAACAGUGAUAUGCUCUCAGGACUACUCUGGCUUCAUUGUGAACAGAAUCCUGAUUCCAAUGAUUAAUGAGGCGUUUUUCGCUCUCUACACGGGGGUGGCAACGAAGGAAGACAUCGAUACAGGAAUGAAGCUAGGAACAAAUCAUCCCAUGGGUCCCUUGGAGCUUGCAGACUUCAUUGGUUUGGAUGUCUGUUUAUCAAUCAUGAAGGUUCUUCACUCUGGACUUGGUGAUGGUAAAUAUGCUCCGUGCCCUCUUCUCGUGCAGUAUGUCGAUGCUGGUCGCCUGGGAAGAAAGCGAGGAAUAGGCGUAUACGACUAUCGUAAAGUAACACAACCAAAAAAAUCGACAUCUCGACUUUGAGCCAUUCGAUUCUGUAAGAUACAUUUUAAUAUGCACAAUCUUGUUCCAUAUAAUCACCCCUUAUGCUGCCUUCAAUAAACUCCCGCUGCAUCGAGGGGCGGAUGUAUGCUGGGCUCGGGAGCUCGAGCCCCCCUCAACUUUUGGACAAUAUUGAAUAAAUAAUUGUCUAGUGGUGCAGUGGUCAUGCCCUUCCUGAAA